UCCAAUGACAACAUUUUCUUUAACAACAUUUCGAAUCUGUUCCUUUUCCUUUUCGGAUUGCGUGUCAUUCAGUUGAACAUCUUUUCCUAUUCAACUCAAAAAUUAGUAAAAAUACAUAAGCUUGCGAUAUUAUCAUUAUCAUUACUAUUUUAUUAUUUCGCCACCAUUGUGACUUAAUUCCUCUCCUAUUCUCGUCCAUCGUUUCAGCCGUCUUCGUUGACGAAGUACAUUACGCAUUACCCACGUCUCCUUAUACCCCUCAAUUCAAUAACUCGAUUACUCUAUCAUUGAUGGAAAGUUUGCACCGGUUGCUCUCUUGCCAUUGAUUCUCCGUCAGCGAACACCCCGAAUCAUUAAGCUCAGAUCAUUGGUCGCUAUCAAGAAAGUAGAAAGGAGAGCGCCUAGGUCAGGGGCAGACAGCAAUGUCUUCCACCAACAUUGAUGUAGACGACGGCCAACACGAUCAUAUUUUACGGCCGAGGCCCCGAAAAGCGCAACAUACCCAGGUCGCCGAGUUAACCAGAGAACACAGCAGUAAUUCUGUUAAUGGCAAUGGGCAUCUUGAGCUGCCUUCGGAGGAACCUGCAUCGGGCUUGACUAGUGGUCGUUCGACGCCAGUUCCUGAAAAUGCUCCUGCGUCGACCAAAGCUCUGUCUAGUGCACGGAAGCAAGUUCGCGCAGAGCAGCGCCGUCGUAUCUUCCCAACCAUCGAAUACGCUUCCCGAGUUUCCCACUUCGAUCCUCGAUCCGAUUACCGCGAUUUCCAUGGCUUCUUCAACCUAUUUUGGAUUGGCUUAGCCAUCAUGGGCAUAACUACCAUGUUGCGCAAUUACAAGGACACCGGAUACCCCUUGCGCGUCCAGAUUUGGACCCUCUUUACGAUCAAGUUAUGGCAUCUAGCAGUUGCCGACCUGUUAAUGGUUACGAGCACUGCUAUUAGUUUGCCGCUACACAAGAUUUUCAGGAGUAGCCAAGGCGCGUUGACGUGGAAGAAGGGUGGCGUGGCUAUUCAGAGCAUAUACCAAGUUCUGUGGCUUGCCUUUUGGAUCGCCGUGCCGUUUGUUCUUAACUGGACCUGGACGUCUCAAGUUUAUCUGCUGUUGCAUACCAUGGUCCUCUUAAUGAAGAUGCAUUCGUAUGCGUUUUAUAACGGUCACCUAUCGGAAACCGAAAAGCGGCUACACGCCCUCGACGAACCUCAUGGCGCCUCCAAAGCCCCCGCAUACGUCUACCCGUCCGUCGAGAAUCCGAUGGGCAAGCUUGUACAUGGAGAUUUAGAGGUUGACAGUGAUAGUGAAGACGAAGGCCUCAAGCAGCUGCGGGAGGACCUGGCGCGAGAGCUGACGAGCCCUAUCGGCAACGUGACAUAUCCGCGAAACUUGACCUGGUCAAAUUACACCGACUAUAUCCUAUGCCCAACGUUAUGUUACGAACUGGAGUAUCCACGUAACGAGUCGAUCCACUGGACAUCAUUAAUAGCCAAAAUAGUCGCCACCUUUGGCUGUAUCUUCUUGUUGACAAUCAUCUCGGAAGAGUACAUCCUACCCGUACUGCAGGAAUCAACCAUUGACCUUGACAAGAGCUCUUCCGUGUUUGAGACUUGCCUCAUUCUUGCCGAGACCAUCUCAUGGCUGCUCUUCCCGUUCAUGCUCACUUUUCUACUCGUGUUCCUCGUCAUCUUCGAAUAUGUGCUGGGCGCCUUCGGCGAGAUUACGCGAUUCGGAGACCGACAUUUCUAUAGUGAUUGGUGGAACAGCACCGAUUGGAUGGAAUUUAGUCGUGAGUGGAAUAUACCUGUGUACUCGUUUCUGAGACGGCACGUAUAUGCGACCUCAAGACCAAGCAUUGGGCGCAAUAUGGCGACGCUCAUCACCUUCCUGGUAUCUGCUAUCGGCCACGAAAUUGUCAUGGCUUGUAUCACCAAGAAGUUGCGCGGCUACGGCUUCAUAUGCCAGAUGUUGCAGCUACCGAUCGUCAUGCUGCAGCGCACCAAGUGGGUACGCGCCCAUAAGACGGCGAACAAUGUGCUUUUCUGGUGCAGCAUGGUUUUAGGACUAAGCAUGAUAUGCUCACUUUACGUCCUGGUUUGAUUUGAGCUCGCUCCUAAUGUCUACUCAAGGUGCAUAUGGCUGGUUUUGGCAUACACGGAAAGGAGGGAAACGUCGAAGGUUAGAAAGCGCAGAUGGAUCCGAAUAAAAUCUGAAAAAGAAGACUUCGGCACCACUGCCCUGAACAAAUUAUCAACACAUUACUCCACGUUGGAAUGGAAGUGUACUAUUAUGUAUUUUUAUUGCAUGUCUCGGAUAUACCCCCAUACCCUUUGUUGAUAGGCCUAGCGUGAAGUAGUAGACUGGAUGCAUAUUAGCGAGGAUUUUACUUGCUAUGUUCCCUUGUUGAAGCUGUGACUAAGGAUUAUUCUAGAUACUCGCC